CAUCAUCAUCAAAGAAAGAAACCCAAUCUUCCUUCUCUCUCUCCAUCUCUAUCUCUCUUUUUUUCAGGACUUCUGGGGAUAAGAGCGAUCUGGGGUCCCAAAACAGUUGUUUUCCCCCCUCUGUUCAUGGUUUGGUUGCAGCUUUGAGAGAAGAAAAUGUCGUCUUCAUCAACUUCGACUUCACCACAACCCACAAAACCCCCAAUCAUCAAGAAAUCAAUCCCACCCCCAUCAUCUAAUUCAAAACCCAACUGGGUUCUCAAGCAUAAAACCCCAAACCUUCAGCACUUGUACACAAUCGGCAGGAAGUUGGGGCAAGGGCAGUUUGGUACGACUCAUCUGUGCACGGAGAAGUCCACAGGCAUUCCUUAUGCCUGCAAAUCCAUACCCAAGAAAAAGCUUAUAUGCAGAGAGGAUUAUGAAGACGUUUUGAAAGAGAUUCAAAUAAUGCACCAUUUAUCUGAGCAUCCCAAUGUUGUAAGGAUCAAAGGGACUUAUGAAGAUGCUUUAUAUGUUCAUAUAGUUAUGGAGUUGUGUGCUGGUGGGGAGUUGUUUGAUCGAAUAGUGCAGAAAGGCCAAUAUAGUGAAAGAGAGGCUGCUAAGUUGAUUAAAACCAUUGUUGGUGUUGUUGAAGCUUGUCAUUCUUUGGGUGUUAUGCAUAGAGACCUUAAACCUGAAAAUUUCCUCUUUUCUACCACCCAUGAAGAUGCUGCUCUUAAAGCCACUGAUUUCGGGUUGUCUGUCUUCUACAAACCAGGUGAAACAUUUUCCGAUGUGGUUGGAAGCCCUUACUACGUUGCACCAGAGGUUUUACGUAAACAUUAUGGACCCGAAUCUGAUGUUUGGAGUGCAGGGGUUAUUUUGUACAUCUUACUGAGCGGUGUUCCCCCCUUUUGGGCAGAAACUGAAAUAGGCAUCUUCCGUCAGAUAUUACAAGCAAAACUAGAUUUUGAAUCUGAGCCAUGGCCGGCAAUCACAGACAGCGCUAAAGAUCUUAUAAGGAAAAUGCUCGACAGAAAUCCAAAGAAAAGGCUUACCGCCCAUGAAGUUCUAUGCCACCCGUGGAUUGUUGAUGACAAAAUGGCACCCGAUAAGCCACUUGAUUCUGCAGUAUUAUCGCGCCUAAAACAGUUCUCUGCAAUGAACAAGCUCAAGAAGAUGGCUUUACGGGUGAUUGCGGAAAGGCUUUCAGAAGAAGAAAUCGGUGGAUUGAAGGAGUUGUUCAAAAUGAUAGAUACAGACAAUAGCGGAACAAUUACUUUCGAGGAACUGAAAGAGGGUCUGAGAAAAGUGGGUUCUGAACUUAUGGAGUCGGAGAUCAAGGACCUAAUGGAUGCCGCAGAUAUCGACAACAGUGGAACAAUCGAUUAUGGUGAAUUUCUUGCUGCAACGGUGCACUUGAACAAGCUGGAGCGAGAGGAGAAUCUCUUGUCGGCAUUUUCGUUCUUCGACAAGGAUGGGAGUGGUUACAUAACGAUUGACGAGCUCCAACAAGCUUGUGAAGACUUCGGUUUAGGUGAAGUUCGACUUGAUGAGAUCGUCAAGGAAAUCGACCAAGAUAACGAUGGACAGAUCGAUUACGGGGAGUUUGCUGCGAUGAUGAGGAAGGGCAAUGGAGGGAUCGGGAGGAGAACCAUGAGAACCAAUCUGAACCUCGGAGAAGCUUUUGGCGUUGUAGUGCCCGAAAAGAGCCUUUGACAAGAAAACGCAGUCGAAAAAAAAAAUCGAUGUUACUAAUCAGUCUCUUCGUUUUGGUGUUGAAUAGAUUGAAGAACUAAUGAAUUGUUUGACUUCUCUCAGCAUCCAUGAAUUGACUUGACUUUGAACUUA